AUGUCUAUUCAUUAUAAUAGUACAAAUACUAACAUUAUCACUGCUGAUUUAUCACCACCUUGUUCACUUGAUCGUUUUGGACUUUUAACAAAAUCGACAUCAACAUUAUCAACAUCAUCUACAAAUUAUUCAUCGAUUUCGUCAACAUUAUUAUCACCUACAAAUAGUUUUGGAACUCAAAAUAUUAAUAAUAAUCAUCGUCAUAAUAAUAAUAAUAAUAAUAAUUUAACAACUGAUAAUUCGGAUGGUGGCUCAGUUGAUUCAGAUUAUACAUCAUUAGCUAGUUCAAAAUUAUUUGGUAAUGGUUCAUCAAAUAGUCUUCAUCGACAAGGACGUAGUCAAUCAAUUGAUGAAUUAGCACAACAAUUACCAACAACGACAACAUUUCCUACAAGACAUUUUUCAACAAUAUCAAAUUAUAAAACAACUAGUUCACAUAUGAACGAUCCAUUACAAUUUGUUAAAAUUCAACCCAAUCAUGAUCUUAUUGAACGAGCACAAGAACAACUAACAUUAACUGAUAGAAGACGAACACAAGAAAAUAGUUUAAAAUUAAAUAAUUCAAAUGGUACUACAGUUUCAAGAACAACAGCAUCAAUAACAAAGAGUCUAGAAAAGAAAACAGAUGAUGAUACAGAUUGGUCAAAAGUAAGUGAAAAUUUUACUUAA